GUUGGGGGGGAGGGGGGUGUUUUCGGCUUCCCGUUAGGAAUAAUACUGGCUUCGUAGCAAGUACCGAGGAGCCGAGGAGGAGGGUUCUAACACCGCCGCACGCGCCCCCAAGCUCGCAUCCCCAUCCUCCACGCACCCCUCCCCCAGGUCCUGACCCGGAGAGAGAGCAGAGGGAGCGGGAGCCCUGGGCUCCUCUCCGCCGGCGGGGAGCGGCGGGGCCCGCGGAGGUGCCCGACGGGGCCGCAGACAUGAGUGCCGCCGAGAGGCGGGCGCCUCGGCGCUGCGGGCCGCCGGCGGGGACGGAAGUGCCCUCCUGAGAGAGCCGCCGGCUUCCCUGGUCUCCCCAGAAGGGCCCGGGGCUGUCUCGAGGGCCCGAAGAACAGGCGUCGGGGAUUAUGAUGUCGCUUUUCCAGGGACCCGGGUUCGCAGCGCGGAACCGAAGGAAAGGCUGGCUCCUCGGGAGUCCUGCUGGCAUUUGACAUCCAGAAACUCCUAGGAUCGCUCCCCGAUUGCUCCGGAUCUCCGGAUCGGCCGCUUUCCUCUCUUUGCAUCCCGUAUUUUUAAAGAAAAUAUUUCCUGUUCCCUGCGUUGGUCUUUUUUCCCACCACCAAAACACCGAAGCAAAAACUGCAGUCUUUUUCAUUCAAUGUCUGCUUCACUUUUUUUUUUUUUGCCAAAAAAAAUGAUCUUUAAUUGAAUGUCUAUUUUGGUUUUGGAUGAAUCUGUGGAGCGCAUGUUGUAAGAAGAAAGGGGGAGCGAGACACGAUGAAAGAGAAGUCCAAAAAUGCUGCCCGGACUAGGAGGGAGAAGGAAAACAGCGAGUUUUACGAACUGGCCAAGUUACUGCCUUUGCCCUCGGCGAUCACCUCGCAGCUGGACAAAGCAUCCAUAAUCAGACUCACCACCAGCUAUCUCAAAAUGAGAGUAGUGUUCCCGGAAGGGCUCGGUGAGGCGUGGGGCCACUCCAGUCGGACCAGCCCCCUGGACAACGUUGGCCGCGAACUGGGCUCUCACCUGCUGCAGACCCUGGAUGGUUUUAUCUUUGUGGUGGCCCCAGAUGGAAAGAUCAUGUACAUCUCAGAGACAGCCUCAGUCCACCUGGGUCUUUCUCAGGUAGAACUGACCGGGAAUAGCAUUUACGAAUACAUCCACCCGGCAGACCACGACGAGAUGACAGCGGUCCUCACGGCCCAUCAGCCCUACCACUCUCACUUUGUCCAGGAGUACGAGAUCGAGCGCUCCUUCUUCCUGAGGAUGAAGUGUGUCUUGGCCAAGAGGAACGCGGGCCUCACCUGUGGUGGCUACAAGGUCAUCCACUGCAGCGGCUACCUGAAGAUCCGCCAGUACAGCCUGGACAUGUCCCCCUUCGACGGCUGCUACCAGAACGUGGGGCUGGUGGCCGUGGGCCACUCGCUGCCGCCCAGCGCCGUCACGGAGAUCAAGCUGCACAGCAACAUGUUCAUGUUCCGCGCCAGCCUGGACAUGAAGCUCAUCUUCCUGGACUCCAGGGUGGCGGAGCUGACGGGGUACGAGCCUCAGGACCUGAUUGAGAAGACGCUGUAUCACCACGUGCACGGCUGCGACACCUUCCACCUGCGCUGCGCCCACCACCUGCUGCUGGUGAAGGGGCAGGUGACCACCAAGUACUACAGGUUCCUGGCCAAGCAGGGCGGUUGGGUGUGGGUGCAGAGCUACGCCACCAUCGUGCACAACAGCCGCUCGUCCCGGCCGCACUGCAUCGUCAGCGUCAACUACGUCCUCACGGACACAGAGUACAAAGGGCUGCAACUCUCCCUGGAUCAGAUCUCAGCCUCCAAACCAACCUUCUCCUACGCCAGCAGCUCCACUCCUACCAUCCCUGACAGCAGGAAGGGGGCCAAGACCAGACUCUCCAGUUCAAAGUCAAAGUCCAGGACUUCCCCAUACCCUCAGUAUUCGGGAUUUCACACGGAGAGAUCGGAAUCUGAUCACGACAGCCAGUGGGGCGGCAGUCCCCUGACGGACACGGCCUCCCCGCAGCUCCUGGACCCCGCGGACAGGCCCGGCUCCCAGCACGAGGCGUCCUGCGCCUACCGCCAGCUCCCGGACCGCAGCGCGCUCUGCUACGGCUUCGCGCUGGACCACCCGCGGCUGGUGGAGGAGCGGCACUUCCACAGCGCGGCCUGCGAGGGCGGCCGCUGCGAGGCCGGCAGGUACUUCCUGGGGGCGCCGCAGGCCGGCAGGGAGCCCUGGUGGGGCUCCCGCGCAGCGCUGCCCCUGACCAAGGCCUCCCCCGAGAGCAGAGAAGCCUAUGAGAACAGCAUGCCGCACAUCGCCUCUGCCCACAGGAUCCACGGGCGAGGUCAUUGGGAUGAAGACAGUGUGGUCAGUUCUCCAGACCCUGGGUCCGCCAGCGAAUCAGGUGACCGAUAUCGCACCGAGCAAUAUCAAAGUAGCCCGCACGAACCUAGCAAAAUUGAAACUCUGAUAAGAGCUACCCAGCAAAUGAUUAAAGAAGAAGAGAACAGGUUGCAGCUGAGGAAAGCCGCCCCAGACCAACUGGCUUCCAUUAACGGAGCCGGGAAGAAACACUCCCUCUGUUUCGCAAACUACCAACAGCCCCCACCUACAGGCGAAGUCUGCCAUGGCUCCACGCUUGCCAACUCUUCGCCAUGUGACCACAUCCAGCAGAGGGAGGGAAAGAUGCUGAGCCCCCACGAAAACGACUAUGACAACAGCCCCACGGCACUGUCUCGGAUAAGUAGUCCCAAUUCAGAUCGCAUUUCAAAAUCCAGUCUGAUCCUAGCUAAAGACUAUCUCCAUUCGGAUAUGUCUCCUCAUCAGACAGCAGGAGACCACCCUGCUCUCUCUCCAAACUGCUUUGGCUCUCACCGGCAGUAUUUUGAUAAGCAUGCUUACACAUUAACUGGAUAUGCCUUGGAGCACUUAUAUGACAGCGAAACCAUUAGAAACUAUUCCUUGGGCUGUAAUGGCUCACACUUUGAUGUAACUUCCCAUCUAAGGAUGCAGCCAGACCCAGCACAAGGACAUAAGGGAACAUCUGUUAUAAUAACCAAUGGAAGCUGAUGUUUUUCUAAAAUAUUUUGUUCUUUAAGGAUCUCUGAAACAUAUUUAUAGUUUAAUGCCCCAUGACCAGUAUUUACUACGCUACACAUCAUUAGAGAGGGUAAUUUAAGUUACUGGGUGUUUGACAUGUGUUCCUUUGAAAUCAAAGAGAAAAAAAACAAAACAACAACAGCAUUAGCAUUCAAGGUUUAGCACAGAUAAUGGAGCUGAAGUGAGUACACAAAUUUCCCCUCUAAUUAUAUGGGAACAGAAUAGAUACACUUUUAAUUGAAAAACACUUGUGUAGAUUAAGUGAGCAUGUGUACCACAUGAAAGGACUGAUGGAUGACAUCAUCGUGCUGGGAUGAUCCAGUGACCCUCGUGCACACAGAGCGCUAUCUACAAGCUGCAGUGUACACUUCCAUGCAGAAAUAUAGACCAUGUACCAUCAGUUCACCCCAAAUGGGUAACUUUCCUUAACCUUAGAACAUUAAGAUUAUUAAAGAAAUGUUUAUUCUCAACUAAGAGAGAGAGAGAGAGAGAGAGAAAUACAUCUUGUAAAGUGUUUUCUUCUUCAUGUUUCUUACCAGCCAGCUCAUUUGGUUCAGGUAUAAAUUAGGGAAAUGGUAUAAGAAUGCGUUUUCACUUGGUACCUAUUAUAAGCAAUCAGGAAGUGGUGAUUUUUUUAUUUUUUAUUUUUUUUUUUACCUUACUUUUGAGUUAGACAAGGAACAGGAUCACAUUGACAUAUCAGUGAGGGUUUUUCUAAGUGAAAGUACUGAGACAUUGGGACACACAUAAAAAACCUGGAGUGCCAAUUGGAAAUAGUGAAGCUAGGAAGGCCAGAGGCAAAAUGAACCAUUUAAGGUUCAGAAUAUGUAGUCAACAUAUUUGGGGCUUAUAAAACCAACCCUCCCCAAAUUCAAAUUAAUUCACCAAGAAAAAAAGGCUAAUAUGUGCAAAAACUAAGGAAAGAAACAGUGAAGUGCUACAUGAUAGCAGCUAAGUUUUUGACAUUUCAAAGUACAGGUGUGCAAAUGUGACAACAUGUGGAAAGCCUCCAGAGAGAGUCUAAGACAAACGCUUAGGCUGAUAGGCAAGGGAUUAAAGAGGCAAGAUAGCACUUAGAACAACAGGCGAAGUAUUCAUUUUCCUUAUUGUUUUUUAUUGUCUAAAGUUUUACAUAUGUCUCCUUUCCCCCAAUUGACCCCCCACUCCCACCCCUCGCCUGCAGCCAUUCCCACUCCGAGCAAGCAAAAACAAUAAAAUUGGUCUCAAAUGAAACUGCAGAAAGACUAGCAGACUAAGAAGCCGAGAUCUCUGGGUUCUGGUUCUAACCAUGCCUAUAACUGAUUUUGGGACAUAGAUAUAUCACUCACCACACAGGGUCCUAGGAUCUUCAUCCAAUGGCAGUUCUAAUGUUCCACCGCUCUGUGGUUCAGUGAUGCCACAGAACCGAACUUUUUAAUCGGUUCACUCUCUGCUGUGAGUUGACAAGACUGAUCGUUCUGGCCUUCCUGUACUCAUAAAGAGGUCUAGAUGCUUCCUGGCUUAAGCAGGUGCAAGGACUCUUUUAGGCAUGUAUAGUUACAGACAACUUUCUAGUUCAGCCGAUAUAUAGAAGGUAAAACUGAUGAGGGAGAAGAAAAAUGAAUACGAUUUAUCUAAUGCACUAAUUCUCUAAAAAUCAAAGUGAGGUGACAUGUUAUUAGAGACAUUUCAUAGCUAAUAUUUUCUAGGAGCCCCAUGCCUGAAACUCUUGCCAUAUUAAGAGGGAAUGUAUUGGAAGACACUGAGUUAUAAUUUUGGAGACACCAUGACAUUGAACACUCAGGGAUUUAGUACUGUAUUUUCAUAUAACACAGUCAUUUGGCAAUCCAUAGGUAGGUGACAAUCUGAAUGCUGAUAAUCUGAGAAAUGAAUAUUGGGUUGUUUGUACACGAGAAAAGUGGAUACAUAAAAUUAAAUAAAUAUGUCUUGGGUAUGAUGGAACAACAUUGUGCUGUAAAUGGAAAAAGUACAAGUGAGUGAGAAAGUUAGUGGUUAUAUAUCCUUUCUAAAAAGUUCAAACAAUAAAAACUACAUUUUGAACUAUCCAGGCAGAAGUAUUCAGUAUUUUUGAGAAAAAAUAUUUAUAAGAAGCCCCUGGAAUAUUUAAGAUGAAUUUUUGAUCAUUCUGCAACAUGAAAUAAGGUUUUAGGAAUGCUAAAGGUUUUGCAGACUUCUGUAGAUGGAAAAAAUGUUCAAAUACAAAUAUCUGAAGAAUAUGGUGUUUUGGAAAGGAAAUCUAUACAGAUGGAUUUUAUUGAUGGAUAUACAUUGUACUAAAAGGUCAUGGGAAGAUGCUGUAAAGGAAAUAGAAUCUUAAGAAUUAAGGAAAAUGAACUAAUAUUAAAGAAAAGACUGUCACUAAAGAAAUUUCAGUGGGAUAUUUAUAUGGAAGAAAGUUAAUUGAGGAAAGAUGUAAAUUGUAAGUUCUAUAAAUGGGGUAAUCAGAAGGACUAAUGUUCUUUAAAAUAGUAUGACCAAUAUUUUUAAGUGAGGGUAGAAUUACAUCUUAAAUUAAUUUUUUUGAUAGAUUGACCCAUUUUUAAAUAUAAACAUUUUCUUUACUUUAUAUGUCAUAAUUGUAUAAUAUCAUAUUUAUUACAUUACAUAUAAUGCCAUACAGGCCUACAGUAUUCUAGAGCUUACUUUUUUUUUUUUUGCAGUGUGGCACGAUUAUUGCAGAAUGACCCAAGAUAAAAUGAGAUAGGUUAUGGCAAGGCAACUUUUCAAUAUACUGUACACAUAGACAUGUUAAAAUCUAUUUAUAAUCUACAUUAUUUUGUUCUGUGCAGAAACAUAUUGCCUCAAAAUGAAGAUGUUAUCUGUGUUUUUAAAAUUUGGGAUGUAAAAUAUGUAUGCUCCCCAUAACUUGAUCAGUUGAAAUUAAACUUGAAUUGGCUUUAGUUUUAAUCCUUGAUUUCCAUAACUUGUUUAAAUUCUGAAAGUCAUGAAACUUGACUGAAAUAGACAAAGAAGUAUGAUUUUUAUAAUAUAUCACCUUGGGGAUUCAUACGGAUGUGCUCUAUCCAAGUACUCUUACAAUAUGUAACAGUUCAUUAGAUGAAACAAAGCUCGUGCUUUCUAGUAAUAAUGAUAUCUUUCUUUAUUGCCCAUUUUAUCUGCCUGCCCUACCUAAUUUAUUAAUUUGAGUGACCAAAGGAAAAAAUGAAUAUUUCCCCCAUCGUUCUUUAGAAAAUUUUGUUUAAACUAUUAUUGAGAAUACACAAAUUUGGCAUCUAUUUUUGGGUGCAUAGUAUUAUUGUCACACUCAUGUUAGGUGUGCUUCUGCUCCAUAUUUUGACAUGCUAUUUUGAAUAUAAUGGACCAGCUUUUCUAAACUGUAAUUGCUUGAUACAAGAUAAUUUGACACAGUGCUGAUGUGACAUUCAAAAUGAGACAGGAUGCAAUAAAUGGUUUGCCUUUGGUAAAUCCACUCAUUCUUUCCUGAUGUUAUUUUAUGGGAUUCGACUAUUUUCAUUGGGUAGUAUUCUUAAUUUUCUCUUUUCCCUGCUGCCACAUGAUGCCUCUGGGCAGAGAAUCCACUUAAAACAAGCUUUAAUAGGAUCUUUUGGAAAAGGAUAAUAUGCUCCAUUUUCUUUUUCUUAAAUGAGGAAUGAAGAUUGAUUCAAUAAAAGAUCAUUUGGAAAAUAUGCAUAGAUAUUUUAAAAUAAAAAGACCAACUAAUUCUAAUAGAAGACACUAUCGCUAAAGAGGCAUUCUGAAUGUAGGGAUGAUUAUUUUGUAGUUCGCUUUCUCAAGAGCAGGACAUUUCUAAGGUGUCCAGUGAAAUUCUAUUGGUGCUAGAAUUUGGAAGUGACCGAGUGAAUGCUGAUAUUUGGAAAACUGAGGAUUUGGCCAUUUGGGGUCACUUAUCUGGCCCAGUGGAUAGCUUACACUUUAAUAUGCUCUCUUUAAUUUAAAAAGUUUGAAUGCCAAGAUCUGACUCCCCAGUUCACCCAAAUCACAGGAAGUAGAUAUACAUUCUAUUUUCUAAGAGGCUUGAUAAAGAAUCUAAAUCGUAUGGUUCUCUAAGUGAUUCAAGUUUUAUGUAAAUGUCAGUUAUCUCAAAUACGAAUUUGACUCUAAAGACAGCAAAAUCUGUUGGUUAGUUUUUACUGGGAAAUGCACUGUGGAUAGAACAUUCAUUAUCAUUCUGAGCUUCAAAUGAAUGACAGAACAGCUAUGAACAUAUGGAAAGGAUAUCUUACAUAGAAAAUGUUCUUGGGGGCAAUUUCCGUGUGGUGCUCAUUUCUUGUGCAAGAGAAUUGUAUGGGUAGUGCUUAACUCAAGCGCUGAGCGUGUGCUCAGAUCCGAACAGGGGUUUGUUCAGAGUUCCUUCCCUAAGAUUGUAUGCAGAAAGGCUAUAUGUGUGUAUUCAUAUAUUUGUACACAUGCACAUUUAUGUAUACAUAUAUGUAUGCACACACAUGAAUUGUAAAGCAAGAAACAAGAUUGUAUUCUGCUGUGCUCCUUAAAAACUGAUGGUUCACAUAAGAAAUCCUAAUGAAUUAUUGUAAGCCAAACAUGUAUAGUUUUAAUUACCGUAAUUUUGCUGCAUGGGGCUCUGCUUUUAUAAAUCUAUAUAGUGGAAAAUUUGUCCUAAUUUGCUGAUCUGGAACACAUUUAAUCACAAUUGAAUUUACACCCAACAACCCUGGAGUGUUUACAUUUCAAAAGAAAUGAAAUGGCGUGAAAAGUUUUUAGAAGUACUGUAACUUUUUCCGUUUUCUUUUUUCCAAAGGGGGGUAUAUUUCAAAAAAGAAAACAUAUGAGUAGGCAUUUCAAAAAAAGAGAAAAUAUUUUGUGUUUGUUUUUUUGACUGACAUGCUAUAAGAAGGAUUAUAUUUGUGAAAGAAGAUACUGAUUGCCAAUAUUUCAAAUACCAUCUUGCAAUGUAAAGUUUUUAGUGACAUCGUAGUAUAAAUCUGUAAUAUGAACUUUUACUUUGGAAUGUAAAGUAGAAAAUAUUAGCUAUGUCAAUGAUAUCUUGCAAAAUGCUCCCAUUUAUAAUUAUUUAUAUUGUAAAUAGCUUUCUGAAGUAAAUUCGAAGUUAACAUGUGCAUAAAAUGUAUUUAUUAUGUGACGAAUUUCUGGUUUUAAAUAUAGUUACCAAUAUGCAG